AUGGUCCGCAGGUCCCCGUUCUCUCCUAUCAAUAUCCAAAGGCGGCGUCCGCGACCGGCGGCGCUUGAUCUGGCCCAUUCAGCAUUUUCCCCGUCCAAGAGUUUCGAACAGGAUGAUUCGGCCCAGUUUGUCCAUAUCACCCACAACGGACCGUAUUUCUGUGGAGAUGACAACGAUGAUGACGAUGAAAAGAACGAGCAGGCUCGGGCGUCGGCCGAGUUGGCGCAUACGCAGGCGGUAUUCACCGCCUCGUUGGAGUCGGAGCCGAUUCCGGGUGUAAGGGCACGCAGUCCGGUUUCGUACAGGACAGCUGGGAAAGCGUUGCCCAUGGAAGUCGAGGUUAAUGUCUGUAUCGAUGUUGAGGGUCGUCCGUCGCUCGACGAGUAUCGACUUCCUCUUCCUACCGGGAACUACAAGUUUCCCCCAGUCGAUGAUACUACCACCACCACGGCUGCUGCUGCCAAAAGCUGCCAAUUGCAGAUCCCUACUUCGGUCAUUGUUUCCCAGCGUCGCCCCUCUGUCGAGACUCCAACAAGACGUAAUGGGUGUUGUGCCCCGCUCUCGUGGAUGAAGAUUAUGCGCGCUUUACGCACUCGAGGGCGCAGACGCAGGUCCGCAGGACGUAAAUUACCAGAACCGGUAGGGUUCCAUGAACGGAUCGCUCACGCCGAGCACGAGUGGAGACCUACAGUGUCUUGUGCCCAUGACGAAUGCGAAAAGGACAAAGGAAGGAUGUGUCUUCCUGAAGUCUCCCCGAACGCGUUUGUAGAUUGGCCAUGGCGGUGA